ACAAAAACAAAAUCAAAAAACAUAAACUAGAUCUUCACACUUAACUUCACUUUACUUCAACAAAAUGGAAGCUUCCGAGUUCACUGAGUUAAUCCCCUCUCUUCCCCACGAACUCGGCCUCGACUGCCUCACUCGCCUCCCCUACCUCUCCCACGGCGUCGCCUCCGGUGUCUGCCGCCGCUGGCGCCAGUUGCUUCUCUGCAGAGAGUUCUAUCACCACAGGAAGCAAUCCGGGCACACCCAUCAAUUGGCUUGCUUGGUUCAAGCUCUCAGCGGUGGGAAAAUUUCCGAUGAUGGGCCGAAACCGGGUGAGUCGCUGAGUUACGGUCUUACCGUGUGUGACCCGGUGGGUCGAGUAUGGAGCCGGAUUGACCCGGUGCCCGAGUACCCGAAUGGUUUGCCCUUGUUUUGUCAGUUGGCAGGCUGCGAAGGGAAGCUUGUGGUCAUGGGCGGGUGGGAUCCGGUGAGUUAUGACCCUGUUUGUGAUGUGUUUGUAUAUGAAUUCGCCAUGCAGAGAUGGAGAAAAGGCAAGGAUAUGCCCAUGAAAAUGUCCUUCUUCGCCGUCGGAUCCCAUUCGGGCCGGGUUUAUGUGGCGGGCGGCCACGACGAAAACAAGAACGCAUUGCGAACCGGGUGGGUCUACGACUUGAGACUCGAUGAGUGGACCGAGUUGCCGCAGUUGAGUCAAGAGCGAGAUGAGUGUGAAGGGGUGGUGAUAGGGGACGGGUUUUGGGUAGUAAGCGGGUAUGGAACUGAGAAUCAAGGUGCUUUUGACGGAAGUGCGGACGUAUACAAUUUCGGGUUGGAUCAAUGGAGGCGGGUUGACGGGGUUUGGGAACCGGGUCGGUGCCCGAGAUCCAACGUUGGUGUGGGCAAAGAAGGAAAACUGGUAAAUUGGUCUGAACUAGACCCAGCGAUCCGGGCGGGAUCGUGUGGGAUCAUGUUGGGUAAUAUGGUAGUGGUAACCGGGUCGGAGUAUCAAGGAGCUCCACAUGGGUUUUAUAGAGUGGAAAUGGGGUUAGGGGGAAGUGGUAAAUUGGAGAAGAUGAAUGUGGGUGAUGAGUUUGGUGGGUUUGUUCAAUCUGGUUGUUGUGUAGAAAUCUAAAGCAUGGAGAUGGAAUUAAGAUUCCAAUUGAAGGUAUAAUCUUGUCGCAGAUGUUAUAAUAUACAGUUUCAAUUUUGUGUAAAAUUUUGGAGUUGUAGAGUUACAGUAUGUACUAUAAAACUUAAGGGGAUUGAGGUUUGUGCAAUAGAAGUUGAUUUUGUAUGAAAGAUGUUACAUGUUUUGCAUAAUUGAGGCUAGAGUUUUUCUUUU